GAUUCCUGUUUUCGUCGAAUGAGAUAUUGAUCUCGUUAGUUCUGAAUAUUCGAAAUCAGGUAUCCAUGAUACGAAUACCGAAAAUCCACAUCUGCUUAGGAAAUGUAGACAGUCAUCUGAUCUUGUACACAGUUUUCAUGAACGGGAAAGGUUUUCAAACGGGAGAGAGUGAUGAAUUCAUGGGCAUGUCGGAAACUUGAACUCGGAAGAACAAACGCAUGGUCUGUCUCUUGGUGCGUCUCACUUCAAAGAUCGCAUCUUUGGCAAGAUCCGGUCGUAUAAAAUGUGCCCGCAAGCUGUUCGACGAAAUGCCGGAUCGAGACACGGUGGCAUGGAACACUAUGCUGACGGGAUAUUCCCACAUGGGUCUGCACCAGGAAGCUCUCUCGCUUUUCACCCAGAUGAGAUUCUCUGACGCAAAGCCUGAUGAUUUCUCGUUUACAUCAAUCUUGAGCUCAUGUGCUAGUAUAGGUGAGGUCAGGAUUGGAAGAAAAAUUCAUGCUUUAGUUGUCCUUUUCGGUUACAUGUCCUCGUUGCCGGUCAAUAAUUCACUUAUUGACAUGUACGGCAAGUGUUUCGACGCUUCCAGCGCAAGUAAAGUGUUUGAAGACAUGUGUGUCAAUGGCAGAAAUGAAGUGACUUGGUGCUCGCUUCUGUUUGCUUAUGCGAAUUCUGGCGAGUUCCGGGCUGCCCAUGAGAUUUUUGUCAAUAUGCCGAAAAGGGUGACGAUUUCUUGGAACAUAAUGAUUUCAGGCCAUGCUCAGUAUGGGGUGAUUGAACCAUGUCUUAAGCUGUUUAGAGAGAUGCAAAACACAGAUUGUGCCCCUGAUUGUUAUACGUAUAGUUCUCUUAUGAAUGCUUGUUCCGAAUCAUCAGAUCUUGUUUAUGGACGGAUUGUACAUUCGGUUAUAGUAAAAGCCGGGUGGGAUGCUGCUGUGGAGACAAAAAACUCUCUGUUAAGUUUCUACGCGAAAGUAGGAAGUGAAGAAGAAGCUAUAAUGCAGUUUCAGUCGAUGGAGAUGGAAGUGCUGACACAAGUGUCGUGGAAUUCAAUUAUUGAUGCGUACAUGAAAAUGGGAGAUACCAUUAAAGCAUUUGAAGCGUUUAGUCUAGCACCCGAGAAGAACGUUGUCACCUGGACAUCUAUGAUUGCAGGAUCCGCUAAGAAUGGAAACGGAGGACGAGCAUUGAGCUUUUUCGUUGAGAUGAUGAAAUCUAGGGUUGAUCCUGAUCAUUCCGCCUUUGGGGCUGUCCUCCAUGCAUGUUCAGGUCUGGCCGUUUUACGACAUGGCAGAAUGGUCCAUGGCUGUGUGAUUCAUCAUGGCUUUCAUGGUUAUGCUUAUGUCGGUAACGCAUUGGUUAACAUGUAUGCCAAGUGUGGAGACAUUAAAGAAUCAAGUAAAGCAUUCUGGGAUAUCGUUAACAAGGAUUUGGUAUCAUGGAACACGAUGCUUUUCGCGUAUGGUCUGCACGGGUUAGCGGAUGAAGCUCUGAGACUAUACGAAAACAUGAUUUCUUCGGGGGAUAAGCCGGACAAAGUGACAUUCAUUGGUCUGUUGAUAACUUGCAGCCAUUCAGGGCUGAUAGAUGAAGGGGUGAAGAUUUUCGAAUCGAUGAACAGAGAUUACGGGAUCCCAUGGGAAGUAGAUCAUGUGGCAUGUAUGGUAGAUAUGCUCGGUAGAGGAGGGCAUUUAGCAGAAGCAAAAGAUUUGGCCAAAACAUUCCAUUCACUUGCUCCAAACCUUAGAAAUAGUUCAUGGGAAACUCUUCUUGGAGCUUGUUCUACACAUUUGGAUACCGAGAUAGCGGGGGAAGUCAGUCGAGUUCUGGAAUCCUCAUCGGAAACUUGUGAAGAGACGAUCUUUGUUCUGUUAUCGAACAUAUACUGCAGAAGCGGGCGGUGGAAGGAAGCGGAAGAAGUGAGGAGAGAAAUGGGGAAAAGGGGCGUGAAGAAAAAGCCGGGAUUGAGCUGGAUUGAAGUCUGAAACUGAGAUAUCGGAAUUUGUAGACGGAAAUCUGAUUCACAUCAUAGUGUUGAAGAGUUUUCUGAAAUGCUGGCAUUGCCUCCAAAUGAGAACUCCUACGAGAAGUAAAAAUAGACAAAAUGAAGCGAGAAAUGGCUCUUAAGAAUAGAAAGAGAGAAGAAAACGAAAGAAAGGGGGAAUCCCUGAUUAUAGGUCCAGGGGUUUUGGGUCCGUGGCAUCCACUCGCGGCAGGUGCGAGUGGACAUUUUAACUUCACACUAGGGUGGCAUGUGAAAUACACGCGCGACGGAAACCAUUUAUAGGCUUUUUAUUGGGCUGAGUAUUUGCUUUAUUGGGCUUACAUUUGAGCUUUUGAUUAGACAUAAUUGGGCUAUUUUGCUUGGUCUUCAGUCAUUAAGUUAAGCCCAUACGAAUAUGGGCCGGGACGAUUCCGUUGACGGCUUUUUGUAGGGCUCUACCCGUCAAUAAAAAUAAAAUUUGAUUACAAAUUUUCUGUAAUUUGUAUAAACACAGGUAUCAUAAUAAGAAAUCCUUAAUUGGAUUUGGGAGUGA